AUGGGAGAUUACAUAAGGAAAAUCCCCAUUUAUAACGAUUAUGAGAAAAAGAAAGAUCUUCUAAAAUAUACUUUUUUAAAAGAUGGAGAGAAUGAAAAGAGAGACAUAAAGGAAAAAGGCAUGAACGAUGAUUUUCAAUUUAUUGUAAAAAAAAGGGAGAACAUGAAGGACAUCCUGACCCAUGCCCCAGAUUUAAAUAAGAGAACUCAAGGGGAUGUGUUAACUGAAAGGAAGAACAAAUUAAUGGAGGACAUGAGCGAAAAGUACUAUGCCCACGAAAAGAAGUUCCCCUUUCUCAUCGACACAACAGUGAAAAAAAUGGACGUAACUAGAAGCAUGAGGGAUGUACUAAAUAACGUAUAUGGACAGGAUGAUACAGAGAAAAUUAGAAUAUCCGAUGAUAUUAAAACCAAAGUAACGUUACUAGAAAAAAGGAAGAAAAUAUUUCUUGAUGAGUUAAGCAAUGGAGAAUUAGAGAAUGUUCAUGAGGAACUGUUUUUAGACCCAGCGAAAAAUUACAUUGAUGCAGUAAAAAACAAGAACAAAAUGUUGACUCUUAAAAAUUACGGAUUUGGACAGUCCCCAUCGGAUUUCAUUUUUUCUUACCCUGACAUUAAAGCUAAAGGAAAAGGUGGUUAUGCUACCGAAAUAAUGAAGAUGAACAUACUAAAAAAUAGAAAUGAUGGAAUUACAAAAAGGGUAAGGACCAAGCAGGUUUGCAAGGGAACACAUCACAUUUUCCUGAUGAAGAACAGACUGAGAUACAUAAACCAUACCAAAAAUAGUUAUUCCUUUGAUAGUUACCUGAACGAGAGGCCACGAAUUAUUUUGAGGUAUAAGGGAUUUCAGAAACGGGAAUACAGAGGAGAAAAAAAAGAUGCUCUAUCUUCUGAAUAUUCUUAA